AAUCGCGCGAAGGUCUUUCGUAGUUUUGAAUUUCGUAAGUCAGGGACAUCGCUAUAUUUGAAACAGUGUGUUGUGCAUUUGCAACAAGACUAUGCUGGUUCACCUAUUAGUGUAGGGAGUUCUGCUGUCAACGUAAGUCUAAGUCGAGCAGGGUUGCCAACUAUUAUUCCGAAACACCAUCGUUUCAUUAUCAUGAAAAGAGGUGAGAGAGGAGAUAGAUUGGUUAGGUUAUAUCUCUCAUGGUUUAGUGUGUGUAGGGUUCUUCCUCUGGCCAAACGGAUAAGUAAGGCCACGUGUUCGCUUCGAUAACAACACCUCAGAGAGAUGUGCCAAAGGUACGGAAGCUGUAGGAAAUAAUCAAAAGUGAGAACACCUUCAGAAGAUGUACUUACCUUCGAUCUCUGAGAUUCCUAUGUAUAAGGGAAUAUCUUGGAGGCCGACAUUACAGUCAUUACCUAACGAUGACCGUAGGUUCUGGAAAGAUCCGAAACCCGAACCAAACGUAAGUUAAUCACUGAAAUACGAGUUGGCGGCGUUCGCAGGUUCAGCGAGGUUAUUUGAUCGUAAGAAGAUGGCUUGGCAUCCUGGUGCAUUGUGGUCAUGGAGCACUUUAUAUCCUUUAGACUAUAGUUAUAACACUAUGGCUGUCCGUGAGGAUCUAUGCUUUUUCCAUAAUAGGGUCAAGCCUGUCUUGGAAGGGUUCUUUAAGCACUUAAGUGCCCUAGGUCCUCAUCCCGGUCGUUUGACCUGUACCCUUUCUGGAGCUGGCAAAAGGCGUCUGUUUGCUAUAGGAAACUAUGUGCGAGAGCCUGCACCCUCUACAUAGCUGGGCUAUGCGAGUCUUAUCUCGUAUUCCCAAUGAUGGUACUUUCAAUCAAGAAGGCCCCAUCCACCGUCUUAGCAGGUUUUGCCCUACUGAUGUUCUGUCUUUCGACCUUUCAUCUGCGACGGAUAGGUGGCCUGUCUUAGUCCUUACGGAGAUCUUCGGAUGCUUCUUUGGGCAAGAGACAGCGCUAUGUGUUCUUAAUGGGACCUUGUGGUGUAAUGUAUUUCAUACUCAUCGCCCUCUAUUAAGAAAAGCGAGGUUUGUUUACUUUGCCGCUGGGCAACCUUUGGGCUAUUACGGCUCUUGGGCCCUCUUCAGUCUCUCACACCAUUUCAUGGUGUGGCUGGCUGCGUGGUAUGUUUACCCUAGGAGAACGGCACCAUUUCGAAAGUAUGCUCUUCUCGGCGACGACAUAGUGAUCGCUGACAGAGCUGUGGCCGAAAGGUACAAAGCUCUGCUAGAUACAAUGGAUGUCUCUAUAUCUGAGUCUAAGUCAAUUGACUCUAAGACAGGGGCAGUAGAGUUUGCUAAACAGUUCUGGGUAGAUCGAGUUCAAGUUAACUUGACUCCAGUAUCUGCGAAAGCGAUUCUGGCAUCUUCGUCACUUAUAGGGCUGUGUCAGUUGGCUGAAAAGUACAACCUCUCUAUGAGGUGUCUUGUAAGGCUAGCUGGUGCUGGCUAUCGAGUCCGUGGUCGCAUGCUCUCUACUCGUCUUUCGAGGCGAUGGAAACGGCUGCGUGUUGUAGCGGAUAGGUCCCUUUCGUACUAUCGGUGACCUUUGGAUUUGUGGUUUGGACGGGGCAACCCCAUGAACCCUUAUCUAAAGGGGAUCAUAAUCGAUAGAGUGAGAGCGAAGUACAAACCCAAGCAAUUGGUUUUGAUACCAAGCAAUCAUUUGGUGAGGAAGAUCUACUUGACUUGAGCGGACCAUUCAUCGCGAAUGGAUGAAAGAAUGGCUAAUCUGGCUUAAGUGGU